AUGGCAAAAUCCCUCCUACCCCUCGUGCUAAUCUGCGCCGCGUGCGCAUCGGCUCUCCGCUGCCCGGAUUGCGGGACCACGCCCGUUCCGUAUCCUCUAAGCACCUCUCCCAACUGCGGCGAUCCCAAUUACAAAGUCCGCUGCGAUGCAUCCAACACCCUCCGACUCGACACCCUCAACGCCUCCUCUUACGCAAUCGCAUCCAUCCAUCCCGAGAUCCAACGGUUCACAAUCCGCCCCGCCAACUUCACCCGCAACACGUGCGAGACCACCGAUUUGCAUAGCCAAGGCAUCCAGCUCAACAGAAGCCUCCCCUUCACCGUCGCCAGCAGCAAUACCAUCAUGCUGCUAAACUGCACCGAGAGCUUACUGCUCUCCCCCUUAAACUGCAGCUCCACCAGCCUCUGCCACACCUAUAUCAAUCGAACGGCUGAGGCUGCCCCAUGCCGUCAGACGUUGAUCUGCUGCACGUUCAAGAACGACGUCUCGUUGUUAUACUCCGUCCGGCUGUCGCGCGUCGGGUGCACCGCCUACCGGAGCUUCGUGAAUUUUGAUCCGUCUCUGCCGGUGGAGCAGUGGCCGGAGGUCGGGCUGGAGAUACAGUGGAUGUCGCCGCCGGAGCCAGUCUGCCAGACGCAGAGCGAUUGCGAGGCCGGCCAGAACGCAACGUGUGCGCCAGAUCAGGUAGCCGGAGCUGGAAUCAUGAGAUGCUUCUGCAACGCCCCGCUGCGGUGGGACCCAUUCAUCGGGACAUGCGCCGAGAACACAACGGAGUGUCAGAUUCCACGUGGCUGCAAUGGUAGUUCGUCGAAUCGGCAGCCCCUCAUUGCAGGCUUAUCUUCCAGCAUGAGCGUUGCAUUGCUGGCGACCGUCGUGGGCAUUUUCGUCUAUCGGCGUUAUCGCCGCAUGAAGGAGGCAAAGGCCCGCAUCGCAAAGGAAUGGGAAGAGAUCUUCAACAGCGGCGGAAAAUCAGCGAAGAACUUCACAGGCAAGGAGAUCAAGAAGGCCACUAACAACUUCUCCAAGGAUCGCCUCCUUGGAUCGGGCGGCUACGGUGAGGUCUUCAAGGGUGUCCUCGACAACGGGACAAUCGUAGCCGUCAAAUGCGCCAAGCUCGGAAACACGAAGUCGACGGAUCAGGUACUCAACGAGGUUCGAAUCCUCUCCCAGGUCAACCACCGUGGCCUCGUCCGACUCCUCGGCUGCUGCGUCGAGCUCGAGCAACCCGUCAUGGUGUAUGAGUACAUCCCAAAUGGUACACUCUCGGACCACCUCCAUACGCGCCGUGGCCCACCACUGUCCUGGCGGCACCGGCUCGUGAUUGCCCGCCAAACCGCAGAAGGCCUGGAAUACCUCCACUCCUUCGCAGUGCCGCCUAUCUACCACCGCGACGUGAAGUCGAGCAACAUCCUUCUCGACGACGAGUUCAAUGCAAAGGUAGCAGACUUCGGGCUGUCUCGGCUCGCUGAGACAGAUCUCAGCCACAUAUCGACGUGUGCACAAGGGACGAUUGGGUACUUGGAUCCUGAAUACUACCGAAACUACCAGCUGACAGACAAGAGCGAUGUUUACGGCUUCGGUGUGGUUUUGCUCGAGCUGCUGACGUCGCAGAAGGCGAUCAGCUUCAAUAGGGGGGAGAACGACGUUAACCUGACGACCUACGUGCAGCAGAUGGCGGAGGAGGAUAGGCUGAUGAAAACCAUCGAUCCGGCAAUCAAGGAGGGUGCGAGCCAGGUGAGAUUGGAUACUAUAAAGUUGUUGGCGUUCUUGGCAAUUGGAUGCUUGGAAGAGCGGAGGCAGAACCGGCCUUCGAUGAAGGAGGUCGUGGAGGAGAUAGAGUACAUCUUGAGAAUCGAGGAAGCUGGCGGCGUGGAUUCAUCGAGAUGAAGCUAACCUCUGUUGGGUGUAUUUUAUCUGGGACUCGUGUCCGUCAGAUCGCGAUCUGUGGUGGUAGAUACGGUUUUUCAUGUCCUUGAAAGGCUGUCUGGUUCUUGCUUGUUUUCAUGGGCUCUCGUGAAGAGGAUUUGCAGAUUCAUACAACUGGGGGCCAUUGCUCAGUAAUCCAGACCAUUGAUCAGAUGUUACCAACUGUGGAUGGAUGGACCAUGCCCCCCGAUUUGGGAUGCCGCUUGCUUUCAUGUCUCUAGGAAAGCUGCAAUUGAAAACUAGCUAGUUCAUUUGCUACCACCUUUGUGUUCGAGAUUUCAAAGAAAAAAAAAAUCCAGAGAAGUGGACCACACCGCGGGAAAUUGUACAGUGGGAAAUUGUGGGGAUUGAAUGCCUAUCAUUCAAAACUUGUUGGAGGCAAAGAAGUUUCGGAGCAUGUUAAUAUCUGUGUUUUCCCUUCAUCCAAGUCCGUGUGACCUAAAACAGAACAGGUUUGAAGGGAAUUAAACAUCAUGGUGGCCAUUAGAAAGAUUUCAACGAUAGGUGCUCAGUCCCUGAAGGUAGGUGUUUGAAUAAACAUCAUAGGGUGGAUUUUACAUAAGAAUCCUUAAGGUGGGGGCCAUCUGAGCCGCUAUUGAGAAUUUUACAGAAGCUCCUCUUGGACCUUUUGAUAAUUACAGACUAAUUAAUUAGGUAGCUUAUUAAAAACUUUUAUUUUAUUUUUUGUAAAAAGGGCCGGGAAUGUAAAUUUUAUAUUUAGUUAGGGUCUGUUUGGGAGCAUGGAUUUGGACCCCUGGAUUUGAAAUCCUCAUGUUAUAUUUGGUACCUGAUUCAGAAUCCAUGUAAUAUAAAGGUAUCUAUGCAUAACAUAUUUACAGGGUUUUUUUUUUUUUUUUUUGAAAUAUCUUUCUGAUUUCAGGUACAAAAGAAGGAAGAGAACAAUGGUGUACAGCCCAUCAGGUCAGAACUUGUAUUUAAAAUGGAGUAAGUGAUAGCAUGUGAUAGAACAGCUGCUGGCCACACGUCAAGGAGCUUGCAAUACAUAAGAUCUUUGGGGCAGG